AUGGCCACUUCGACGACCACACAAACUGCAACUUCUCUUGCUGCCAACGCAGGUUCUCUUCCUCGCAAACCUCAAAACAAUCCCAGUCUUCAAAAACCAAAAUUGACAGGGUGGGCACAGGCAGCAGCUAGAUCAUUACCCAAAUCUCAGCAGCAGCAACAACCAAAUCAAACAUCAUCUUCACAACAAAGAAAUAUUCAGCAUCCUUCCAAUGUGGCCAAAUCUAGUUCAAGCACAUUGACGAACAGCAAUAGCUCCACUCCCUCUCUAAGGAAAUCGAGGAAACAAACAAACGGUAACAAUAGUAAUAAUAAUAACGGUACUAAUAAUAAUAAUGCUAAUGUCAAUAAUAACAAUAAUAAUGCCAAUAAGCCUAGGCAACCAUACAAUCGAGAAGAAGUUCGCAAUUACAUGAAAGACCUGUUUACACAGUACACUUCAUCUACUAGCAUAUCCACUUAUAACGGUUUAAAUAGCAGUAGAAGGGGAAACAACUUGGACUGGGGGGCAGUUACUAAUAACAGGUACAGAAAUAAGAAAUACGGAAGUCUGAACGAAAUAGCACAAGUUCUGCGCAAUUGA